AUGACAAUAUUUUUAACUAAAACCUCAACAAAUCCAAAUCAAAAGAAAAAGAUGAAAAAAUCACCUACCCGUUCAAACAAUUUAAACAUUGAUCAACAGUUAGUUGAUAUAUCAUCUAAAACAAAACUACACUCACCAGGACUUAUUAAACACACCAUUCGAGAAAAGAAAGAUUUAGGAAAAGCUCAACAAACUAUUUCCCCGCCAUCCUCACCAUUCAACUCCAUCAAAAAAAAGUUCGAAUUCUUUAAAAAAAAAGGAAAAGAAGUUAAAUAUUUAAAGUCGUCCACUGAGGUUUACAAGCUUAAGAAAUACUAUAUCAGAAAAGAAAACAACUAUAGGGUCUGUUUCGAUCACUUUUACAAGGUUCCAACAAAAUGCACCCACAUUACAAACUCAGUUUCAAAUACAAGAUAUCAUUUAUUAAAUGGCGAUCCAUUAGAAUGUAACGUAGUUGCACUUUACCAAUCGCAUAAUGAAGCUCAAAUUAAAUCGUUUAGAGUUUUUGAAAAGCCAAAAGAGAGCAUUAUGCAAUCUGCCACCCCAAUCAAUUCAUCCGAAAACGGUCCAGAUAUACACUUAACGCCACUCAAUUUUCGAUAUCAUUAUGCCAAUGAUGUCAUUGUUAAUGAUCUCCCUUUUCAAACAAAUUUACUUUAUUCAAAAAGAGCAAGUUUAUUAGGUAUCGAACAAGAUCCAGAUGACUAUAAUCAUUUAUUAGACACUACCAUUCCAUUUUGGAAAAAAAAGAAAGCAAACCAAGAAAUCUAUAGCGCACAUAAUGAAAUUUGCGAAUAUUUACCACUCGAAAAUUGUAACAAUGGUGAAAAUAUCAGCUUUUGGAAAGAUGUUUCAAACCAAAAGAGAUUCCCAGUUCUCUUUUCUCUUAUUCGUGAUUACUUGGCUACUCCAUGCUCGUCAGUCGAAGUCGAAAGAACCUUUUCGAAUGGAAAGAAUAUUGUUACCCAUAAAAGACAUCAUCUAAAAGACUCUACCAUUGAAUCAUGUGUUCUUCUCAAAGAAUGGAAUCAUCAAAUUCAAGCUGUUGUAUAUGAUGUUCUCAAUAAAAAAAAGGAUGGAGGAGUUCACAACAAGUGA